AUGUCUGAAGUUUACGCUCGUUUUUCACUCGCGCAUGCCGGACAAAUAAAAGUCAUCUACCGGAAAUUGUGUCUAUUUUACUGCCGGAUAAUUCAUCACAGUUUAUCUCCUCCCCACUAAGUCGUCAUGUGUCUUUUAGAUGAGCGCGUUUGGCUCUGUCAACUCCAGGGAAGAGGAGAUUGGGCUGAAACGCAGCGAGGUGCAAAUGCUGAAGGCAUGCUGUGACAUGAAACGACUGAAGUUAAGCGAGGCCAUCAGCGACAUCAAGAAUUACUGUUUUGAACAUGCAGACGCUGAUCAGCUGAUUCACGCGCCAAAAGACGACCCCUUCAAAAAUAAGCGGAAGUGCUCAAUCAUAUAA